AUGCCUAUUACACAGAACGGCGUUGAACUUACAGUUGAGAUCUCGCCAAAGGCUGCCCAGAAGAUAAAGUAUUUCGCCGAAAAAGAUGGCAUUGCCGGCGACGUCGGCCUGCGGGUCGCGGUCAAAGGCGGCGGCUGUUCCGGCCUCACCUACGACCUCACCAUCACCGACCAGGAGCGCGAGUCGGACAAGGUAGUCGAGCAAUACGGUGUCAAGGUGAUGGUGGACAAAAAGUCCUACAUCUACCUGGUCGGCACCCAGCUGGACUUCUCCGACGGCCUCAACGGCAAGGGGUUUGUCUUCGAGAAUCCCAACGCCAAGAAGGCCUGCGGCUGCGGCACCUCGUUCGCCGUAUAG